UCUUUGAUCAUUGUCCUACCGCCGCGCACACUAACCAACCUGAACCAAAACGCGCCUUUUUUUCAAGAAUUUCUUUUUACCACUUCACAACUUAUCAGAGGAGCUCAACUCUGGUGGGGAUUCUUUCAUUUUAACGGUUUCUCGGCUGGCGCACUUUUUUUUUUAGCAGGACUGGGUUUUAUACUUUGAACUUCGGCUACUCUUCCCCCCCGUGCAGGUUGACCAUGGCCGUACCGGCUACUUUGAUCCCACAAAGUCCUCUGAUCCCGCCGCCGCCUCCGAUCUCAACCCCCGCCACGACGUCCCCGUCGUCCACAACUUCUUCGCCGUCUCCAUCCCUCGGCGUCCCCCCAGGACAGAAUCUCUUCCGCUCGGAGUUGCUCGCUACGAGCGGCAGCCCGGGCAUCCCGACUCCGACCGGGACUCUACCGGGCAAGCCCGUGUACUCGACCCCGUCGCCCGUGGAGAACACCCCGCAGAACAACGAGUGCAAGAUGGUCGAGUUGCGGGGCGCGAAGGUGGCGUCGUUCACCGUGGACGGCUGCGAGCUCAUCUGUCUCCCCCAAGCGUUCGACCUGUUUCUCAAGCACCUGGUGGGGGGGCUGCACACGGUGUACACCAAGCUGAAGCGCCUCGAGAUCACGCCGGUGGUGUGCAACGUGGAGCAGGUCCGCAUCCUCCGUGGGCUCGGCGCCAUCCAACCCGGGGUCAACCGCUGUAAACUCAUCUCCAGGAAAGACUUUGAGACCCUGUACAACGACUGCACCAACGCGAGGUGAGUGCGCUUUCUUGCUUUUUUCCCCCACGUUUUAAAACGUUUUGAGAUGUCCGGACGCGCGUAAAAGCCACACAGACGCGUAGAGACAGAGAGAGGGAUACAUUUAUCUUGUUUCUUGUGAUACAUGAUGUGGGAUAAUGUUAUCUGGUUACGUUGUGUUAUUUAUGUGUUUAUGAAAUUAAAGAAAAAAUAACUGUGUUUAAACAUUCUAACUUUGUGCUGACGGUACUCUGUGGGAUAGGAUGUGUCAAGUGGCAAUCACCAGAAAGAAAGUUUUUUCGCACGUGUGUAGUGUGUGCACACAUUGCUGUUGUGUUUCCCUGGCAGGACAGACAGAUGUUUAUCCACUCAAAAACGUUUCAAAGUUUUUUGUUGUUGUUGAAUUUGUUUACUUACUUGUGGUUAAUCUAAAAGUCAAUUUCAGAAACAAAAGCUUGGAGCAAAAAAAUCCACAUUCAAUUAUCUGGUUAACAUGUUUUUAGUGCAUUUCCACUCUUAAUUUAAGUUAGCUAAUAGCCUGUAAUUUAUUCUGAUCUACUUUGCAUAAAAGUAGGCCCUAUAAUGUGCCCUUGCCACAGGGGCCAGAUCAUCUCAUUUAGAUUCUUUUUUUUUGCAAUAUGACAUAAAAAAAAAUCCUAUAUCCAAAUAAAACAAUAAAACAAAUACAUUCAAUUAUUAGUAAAAUUUAUAAUUGUUGAUUCUAUGGAAGGGGUAAAACUAUAAAUAUGUAUCUGUAUCUAUAACGUAUAAGCCUCACUAGAGAUAAUAAGUACAUCUUUUCCAAGUAAAACAACCUCCAACUAUAUUCUAAUUUAUUGCACGAUAAAAUGAUUCUAGAGAGACAUCCACCCAAGUGUAACUUAAUACACAAUUUACAUUAUUAAAUACGCUGUUCACUUUUAAUGUGGAUAUCUCUUCAAGUGGAGUUGAUUUAAGCAGAGAUCAAUAUUUGAUUAAAAGCUAUUUUAGGCUCCUGUUGCUUUAAUGCUUUGAUGUAUUGCUCAGUGUCAGUGGAUGGAGGCAGCCUGGUCAUAUUUGCGAUCUUAUCUGUCAUUAUGAUUGAUUAUAUAUUGAUCUUAAAUCAAGAAAUGGGCCUGAAAUGCAAAUGUGAUGCAAAGGAUGGCUUCGGUAGAUAUCACUGAUAAACCAUUCUAUGGUUGGCUGAGGGAAUGCAUGCAGCUUUUUGUGUAAAUCAUAUAUUAAUGUUCUCACACUUUGUAUUUAUGUGGCAAUUAUGGCGUAUGGUUUUCUCCUGCAUGCUGUACACAUUCUGCAUGUAGCUGGCACGGAUUCAAGCACACACUCACACGCUCCCAUAAAUACUUGCCACUCACAUGCCACACACACAUACACACACAACCACACACACACACACACACACACACACACACACACACACACACACACACACACACACACACACACACACACACACACACACA